AGCGUAAUGUCUUGGAUUCGGGCUGAGCUGGGUGUGACAUUUCACCACACCCUCUACGGCUCGCCGUAUAACCUCCCAGGUGUCAUUUGUACCACGCCUCCUGGGUAGUACUGCUCCGGCCAUGGAACACCCAGGUCAUACUUCGAGUUCGAGUUCAAGCGCAGGUCCCGGAAAUAAGCGUCGUCUCGUACAAAUUGCACCCGCCCCGUCAGGAAGUUCGGGGCAAGGUGCUGGCGGGGACAAUGUAACGAGGGGAAGGAGGCAGGUAAAAGCUGCCUGUGAAGCAUGCCGGAAAAGAAAAUCCAAAUGCAAUGCCGAGCGACCGAGGUGCACACUCUGCGUCAGGCACGGAACGGAUUGUCGAUAUGCUACGGACCCAGCCGAAACCCAUUCCCAGGCCCUAAAGCGGAAGUAUAGCGAGGCCCAGAACCAGAUUACCCCGUACGAGGAAUUGUUCGACUUGCUCAAGACCAAAUCCGAGACCGAGUCUUUGGAAAUUCUGAGGAGAAUACGAACUGGUAACAAUGUCGAUUCUAUAAUACGCCACGCAAAAGAUGGCGACCUCCUCAUCCAACUCUCUUUGGCUCCCGAGUCCCGGCGUCGAUACGAAUUCCCCUAUAUAUCUGAUAUGCCCGCUUCCAUUAUGCUGCCAGAUAACCUCUAUUUGCGUUCUUUUGUUUAUGCGACCACAUUCCGAGCUCCUCCUUCUCACGGCUUCCAAAGUGAAUCGCAACGAGAAGGAUAUAACGAUGAUAGAUAUCUUAAACCAUAUCAUGCAGCCCAGAUCAUUGAGCCUAAUUUCUCGAAUAUCAAUGUUUCGAAAUGGACCACCGUGACAUCGGACGAGAAUAUUUUAAGGAGACUCCUCAAUUCGUACCUUUACUACCAGCACCCUUGGACCGCAGUCUUCCAUAUGGACUAUUUCAUCAAAGAUAUGGCUGCUGGACGAAAACGCUUCUGUUCGUCUCUGCUCGUCAACUCGGUGCUUGCUGCCGCAUGUCAUAUGUGUCGUGAAGUACCGGAUCGUAACAAAUUCUGGGUUCCCCAGACUCUCGGUUACCAAUUUGGCGCCGAAGCGAAGAGGCUUUGGGAUAUUGAGAGCCGAAAGAGCACAUGCAGCUUGACCACAAUCCAGGCGGCUGUGAUUAUGGGAAUCGUGGCGCUGACUACUGCCACAGAUAAGGUUGGCACAUCUUAUCUCCUGCAAGCUAUGGCCAUGGCUGUCAGCUUGGAUAUCUUCAGUCCCAAUGCGGGUACGAACAACGUCAAAAUGCAGAGAGCCCGAGCGCUUACGGCUUGGGGGCUCUAUUGUUGGCAGGCUUGGCAACGGUUUUAUUUUAGCAAGCCUCCUCACAUUCCGGAUCCCCCAGCGUUCCCACUCCCGGACCCGGUACAAGACCCACACUUUUACGGCGAGAUAUGGAUUCGGUAUCCAAUGAGCCAGACCUUGUAUCCUGUUAAUCUCGGCUGCUUGAUUAAGGCGAAUUUCGAGAUACGAAAGCUGAUGAAUGAUAUGGGGUCGGAGAUGUUCGAGGAAGAUCGGCCUCCUCGUGUAACACCUGAGAAGAUCCUCGAGUGUAAAUCCAGACUGGAUAAUUGGUUCGUGAACCUCCCGGAGCCGCUCAUGCCAACGAAGAUCGUGCUUCCGGACCAUAUCAAGCUUCAUAUCGAAUACUACGGGCACAUCAUCUCGCUCGUACGCCUACUCGUCCAAUCCGGGACACCUCUAGACCUGACGUGGCAAAACAUCAUAACACACGCCGAAGUGCGUCUCGAGACUCUUCUGCGGCUGUACUACCUCCGUCACAGCUUCGAGUCCUAUGACCCGCUGCUCAUGCACUGGCUUAUGUUCCUAGGCGACACCAUCCUGCUCAAAAUUGACGGUGGCGACGUCCACACCAUAACUGGUUCGAUGUUGGACCCACGGCCUAUAGAUAUGGAAUCCCUCCGCUCAACGCUCAUCCUGUGUGCCAAGGGGUUAUACGAACAAGGGCGGAACUACCACAUAGCGGUUCUCGUAUAUCGACUCAUCCGCGACCGUAUGCGGGCGAAUGAUUUGGACCUGGUGCGCACGCACAUCUUAUCGUCGCCAACAUCCGCAGCGAGCGGCGACGAUGAUCCGCCACUCAUGACGCAAUACGUACAAGCGCAGUGGGUGGCGCCUGUUACGCUUCCCGAAGGCAACCCGGAUACACGGAAGCGUACGCUAGAGUACCUCGUACGCGAGUAUGAGAAAUUGUCCUUGGACCAGAGCACCCCUGGAGAUGUGAGCGAUGAUAACAGCAGUUCGGUAGAUCCUAGGUCGCCGGCCCGCGUAGUUUAAUAUCAAGGCAUCGCUUGCUAUGAACUUCAUUCUUAGCUACUAGGCUAGGCAUAUUUGGGGUACAAGCCCCCCAAACCAGCUCAAUAUGGGAGCAUCGGGAUAUAAUGAAUUAUGAUGGAUGGGAUAUGAUUGCGAGCCUUUAGUGAACGAGUUUUAUUUGAUGAUUUGAAUGCAAGGGAUUUGGAUUGA